AUGCAAUUUCCACCCUACCUCCGACAGCUGGCGUCGGCUCGAAAGUCGCUCUUUUCCCAGUUGCAAGUACAAGAGUUGGGAAGAAUCGAGGAAGCCAUGGCGGUGCCUGAUAUGUCAUCUUGGUCUAUUAGCGACGCUUCAGCACCACGCAAUGCUAGCAGAAACAGAUAUAUAAACGUGUUUCCAUGGAAUUUCAAUCGUGUUCAUCUCAAGGUUCUCCCUAAUUACUCGGAUUACAUCAAUGCUUCUCACAUAGAGAUCGAUUCCAGCAGCCGUUACAUUGCUAGCCAGGGUCCAAUGCCAGCAACUAUCCACCAUUUCUGGGCCAUGUGCUUCCAGCAGUCAGAACUACAGCACAACGACACCAUCAUCGUCGCUAUGGUGACUCCGCUCGUGGAAAAUGGUAUGACUAAAUGUUGCAAAUAUUGGCCCGAUGAACACGAACCAAUUAUGUACUUGACCAACGAUCUCCACCGCGAUGGAUUCACAGAAAAAUUGACUCUCGAAUACAAUUCACUGUCCUGGGACGACGAAGGAGGUUUCCUCGUGUCCAAAUUUACAUUACUGACACCACAAAAGUCAAAAACGGUGCACCAUUACUACUACUCCAAAUGGGUAGACUCUCGAAGUCCACCGUCAGCAAGGCCCUUGGUGACGCUUUCGCGUAGAAUCCGCCUUUUACAGUCCACGGUCCCCAAUCGACCAAUUCCCAUCAUACAUUGCUCCGCUGGAGUGGGCAGAACCGGCACCUAUAUCACGGUGGAUCACUUGUUGCACCAUGUCCAAUCGGUUAUCAACCCCGAAAACGACCGAGAUCCCAUCCUCGACACCGUUACAAAAUUGCGCCAGCAACGAAUGAUGAUGGUCCAGACGCUGCAUCAGUAUGAAUUUCUCUACGAUACGGUCAAGCUCAUGGUGGAGCAGAUCCUAUAA